AGAGAACCCACACAGGAGAGAGACCGUACACAUGUCCUGAGUGUGGGAAAAGCUUCAGUCGUAGCUCAAACCUUAUCAUGCAUCAUAGAAGCCACACAGGUGAGAAACCCUACACGUGCCUUGAGUGUGGGAAAAGUUUCAGUCGGAGCUCAGAGCUGAUCAGACAUCAGAGAAUCCACACGGGAGAGAGACCUUACGCGUGCCCAGAGUGCGGGAAAAGUUUCACUCGGAGCUCAGAUCUUAGUAAGCACCAGAGAAUACACACUGGAGAGAGACCCUAUAGAUGCCCUGAGUGCGGGAAAGGCUUUCGUUACAGCUCACAUCUUGUCUCACAUCGGAGAAUCCACACAGGAGAGAGACCCUACUCAUGCCCUAUCUGUGGGAAAAGUUUCACUGAUAGUUCACAGAUGAUCACACAUCAGAGAAGCCACACAGGGGAGACCCCCUACACAUGCCCUGAGUGUGGGAAAAGCUUCAGUUGGCACUCAAACCUUAUCACACAUCAGAGAAUCCAUACGGGAGAGAAACCAUACACAUGUCCUGAGUGUGGGAAAAGCUUCAAUCGGCGAUCAAACCUUGCCGCACAUCACAGAAUCCACACAGGGGAGACACCCUAUAGCUGCCCUGAGUGUGGGAAAAGCUUCAGUCGGAGCUCAGAGCUCAUCAUACAUAAGAGAAUCCACACAGGAGACAGACCCUAUACUUGCUGUGAGUGUGGGAAAAGCUUCAUUCGGAGCUCUGAGCUUAUCAUACAUCAAAGAAUCCACACUGGAGAGAAACCCUUCAGAUGCCCUCAGUGCGGUAAAGGCUUCAGUUAUAGCUCACAGCUUGUCUCACAUCAGAGAAUCCACACCGGAGAAUAACACUAUGCUUGUAUUCAGUAGGGCUGCCCAAAGAUUUUUUUGUUUCUUUUUUGUUGUGGGAUUUUGGUUGGUUGGUUUUUUAAUACAUUGGCUAAUUCCCACAUAGUGGUCUUUAAGGUUGAUUGCACCAUUUCCUUUACUGUAGUCUCUCAGCUCCCCUCGGGUGAGUUGCCACCUUCUACCUUUUGCAGUUCACCUUUCUUUGGGGUGAAUCCUGUGAUCCUUUCUAUCAACUCCUUUGUCUUAUGAGUUAUGGGAGUGUGUCCCCCUCCUGGCAGAAAUGUCCAUCAGUCCGAGUUGGGGGAGAGAGGGUUGACCUCAUCUGGCUACAGUGAGAUAAAAACUAUCUGUGCCUUGUCUCCACUAGAACU